AUGGGAGCAGCUUUCAGCAAUCAGGGCCGCAUUCUGGGGCUAGUUGUGAGCGGCGUCAAGUGCUACUACGGUGACCUUCUGAGGGACUCGGUUGGCUGCACCAGGGACGGGAAGUUUGCUGUAUUUUGGAAUGCAGGCAAAAUAAGAGGUCACUUUGUAACUGUUUUCAAGUAUGUGAAGGAUGCUGAGCAAUCAUUUGCUUUCUCAGUAAGAAUUCGAGAUAAACUUGGAGAAUGCGUAGAAGGACUGCGGGAGAAUGAUUACCUUCUGAUUCAUUCAUGUCGUCAGUGGACCACCAUCACUGCCCAUAGUCUGGAAGAGGGCCACUAUGUCAUUGGGCCAAAGAUAGAGAUUCCCGUACAUUAUGCAGGGCAGUUCAAGCUGCUGGAACAAGACCGCGAUAUAAAGGAGCCUGUGCAAUAUUUCAACAGCGUGGAGGAGGUGGCGAAGGCAUUUCCUGAGCGCGUGUACGUCAUGGAGGAAAUAACAUUCAACGUGAAGGUCGCUUCUGGUGAAUGCAACGAGGACACUGAAGUUUACAACAUAACCCUGUGUACCGGGGAUGAGCUCACCCUAAUGGGACAGGCGGAAAUCCUGUACGCAAAGACUUUCAAGGAAAAGUCCCGGCUCAACACGAUCUUCAAAAAGAUUGGGAAACUCAAUUCAAUCAGCAAGCUGGGAAAAGGCAAAAUGCCCUGCCUCAUUUGCAUGAAUCACCGGACCAACGAAAGCAUCAGCCUUCCGUUCCAGUGCAAGGGCAGAUUUAGCACGCGGAGUCCCCUGGAGCUCCAGAUGCAGGAGGGUGAGCACACCAUCCGCAAUAUCGUGGAGAAGACCAGGCUGCCUGUGAACGUGACUGUGCCAAGCCCCCCACCCCGAAACCCGUACGACCUCCACUUUAUCCGAGAGGGGCACCGCUACAAGUUUGUGAACAUCCAGACCAAGACCGUAGUGGUUUGCUGUGUGCUGCGGAACAACAAGGUCCUCCCCAUGCACUUCCCUUUGCACUUGACGGUCCCCAAGUUCAGCCUCCCGGAGCACCUGGUCAAGGGAGAGGUGUGGCCUGAAACCCUGGUCCAUCACUGGUUGGGUAUCUGCCAAGAGCAGUUUGACAUUGACGAGUAUUCCCGGGCGGUCCGCGACGUGAAAACGGACUGGAAUGAGGACUGCAAAAGCCCCAAGAAGGGCCGGUGCUCUGGCCACAACCACGUGCCCAACUCCCUCAGCUAUGCCCGCGAUGAGCUCACGCAGUCCUUCCACCGGCUCUCUGUCUGUGUGUAUGGCAACAAUCUCCAUGGUAACAGCGAGGUGAACCUGCACGGCUGCAGGGACCUGGGAGGAGAGUGGGCUCCCUUUCCUCACGACAUCCUGCCCUAUCAGGACUCUGGUGACAGUGGGAGCGACUACCUUUUCCCAGAAGCUGGUGAAGAGUCUGCGGGCGUCCCAGGGAAGUCUGAACUACCUUAUGAGGAGCUGUGGCUGGAGGAGGCCAAGCCCAGCCGCCAGCCCCUCACCCGCUCACUGAGUGAGAAGAGCAGAUGUGACCCCUUGAGAGGCUCUGUCCGCUCCAAAUGUGCGACUUCUCCUCUUCCCAUCCCUGGGACUCUGGGAGCCACAAUGAAGUCUUCAGAAAUUGCCCUACCUCCACCUCCAGUGCCUCCCAAAUCUGAAGCCGUCAGGGAAGAAUGCCGGCUCCUGAACGCCCCACCUGUUCCACCCCGAAGCGCAAAGCCUUUGUCCACAAGUCCCUCCAUCCCUCCUCGCACAGUCAAGCCAGCGCGGCCACAGACUCGCUCUCCCAGCCCCACCUUGUCCUACUAUUCUUCAGGGCUGCACAACAUCGUUACUAAAAGUGACACGAGCCCUUCUGAAAGUGCUCCCGUUUCCUGCUAUCCGUGCAACCGAGUGAAAACCGACUCUGUGGACCUGAAGUCCCCGUUCGGAAGUCCUGCCCCGGAAGCUCUGUCCUCCCGGCUCUCGUGGCCUAACCAUUAUUCGGGAACAUCAGAGAGCCAGACCAGGAACGACUUCCUGCUGGAUCCAAGCAGGAGUUACAGUUAUCCCAGACAAAAGACACCCGGCACACCAAAGAGAAGCUGCCCAGCACCUUUUGAUUUUGAUGGCUCGGAGCUCCUGAGCAGCACCCCCAGCGCAGUCACUGCAGAAUCUAGUAGCGUCGCCUCGGGUUGUCCCAAGUCAGCCAGCUACUCGCUGGAGAGCACAGAGAGCGCCAUUGCAGCAAGCAUGACCAAGCAGAGUGUCUCUUGCCCUGCCUUACCCCCCAGGGCCCCAAAGCCAGUGGAACAGAAAGCAGCCGCAGAAACAUCUCCUUUGCCUCUGAGAAUUGAUGGUGCUGAGGAGGACCCCAAGUUGGGUUCACCAGACCUCUCCGAGGACCAGUAUUUUGUUAAAAAGGGCAUGCAGGACAUCUUCUCCAUCUCUUACCCUUUCUCCUCUCCGCUCCACCUCCAGCUAGCCCCCAGGUCUUGUGGCGAUGGUUCCCCGUGGCAGCCACCUGCAGACCUGUCAGGACUCUCCAUAGAAGAAGUUUCCAAGUCACUGCGGUUCAUUGGUUUGUCCGAAGAUGUCAUAUCCUUGUUUGUCACUGAAAAGAUUGAUGGGAAUUUGCUUGUUCAACUAACAGAAGAAAUCCUCUCAGAGGAUUUCAAAUUAAGCAAACUUCAGGUGAAGAAAAUCAUGCAAUUCAUUAAUGGCUGGAGGCCCAAAAUAUAGCUAAAUAACCCCAGCUAGCAUGGAACAAAACUGAUACAUGUGCAUGCUAGAAGGGGUGGGCUGGGACACAAUUUCAUGUUUUUGCACUAAAACCUUCUCUGUAUAUAGGGAUAAGAGAAACUCACUAUGCAGAUUCCAUUUUUGAAUGGUGAACAGGUCUUUUGUACAUCAAUAAAGACUCUGUGCAGAACUCUCAGAGGUGUGCCUUGUACAUCACUCAACACUCAGCAGCUGCUAUGAACAAAAUGGGCACAUGCGGAGGACUCAUUCUUAGCCCGGUGGGUUUAUUUGAGAAGGUGUAAUAUUUAUUAUAAAAUAGCCAAAGCUAAAGGACAUCACAAUCUUAGAAAGAAAAAAGGAAGGAAGGAAAAGAAAUGAAAAACAUUUUUGAGCAACUCUCUUCUUGGGAGAAUUCACAUUAAACAAUUACCUGUAUUCUGUGCUCUUGUCAUUUGGAUUGCUUAAUGCUAAUUGUUUUACUCUUGUGCCUGAAAUGUUAGUGAUAUGAAAUGACACUUUAAUGUUAUAGGGUUGGUGGGGAUCUUUUAUUAAAAGGUGAUUCCCUAAAGUCAUGUGUUCAUAAAGAAUGUAUGAUUUCCUUAAAAGUAAUACAAAUCAUGACCACAGUAAUUGACCUAACUGCUGCUAGAUUUUAUUGAGCAGGAAAAAAAAUGAAAUAUACAUGUGGGGGGCGCGUGUGUAUAUAUUUACACAGUACACACUUGUGUAUUAUGUUUUAAGCAAUUUUGAAUCAGAUAUUUUAGAUAGUAUCUUCACUGUCGAGUAUCCAUUGAGUUUUGGGGACUGUAAACUAAGCUGAUUCUCUUAAACAGUGGACAGAAUGAUUCCAAAGAUUUUUAGAAACCUGAACUUGGAAGCUCAGUCUUACAAGGCUUCAUCCCUGAAAACCUGGAAGGGACCAGUAAAGCAUCUGAAUUAAAGGCGUAAAUGUGAUUUUAAGCCCAAGGUGGGGCUCGUUUUUGCAUAUUCUUGCCAACAUCUGGAGAAAUUAGUUUGUUUUGAAUGAUAGUUCUCAGCUUUAGGGUCUUUUCCUGUGGUGUCUGCUGGUGAGUCUGAGGAGCACUGUCAGUGUGAGGCAUUUUCUUGCUCUAAGAGAACACCUGAAUCAGACGCUCUGUCCUCUUGGUGGCAGUGCUCCAAUAGGCUGGGUAAUUUCUAAAAUGUCAGUCAGAGUCCUUGUUAAUUUCAUAAGCUUUUCUUUCCUCUCUUAUAAGGAAAAGACACCACUAGUAUUACUUCUCUUGGGAAAGUUCCAGGACAGUAGUGUGAAAAUUUUUACUAAAUAUGGUAAAUUUAUUCCAAAAAUAAUGGCAUCAUUCUCAUUUUUGACUUCUUGAAGGAAUAUGAACCUUAGGAAAGUGUUAGUUCUCUGAACAAGCCAUCCCCCAAAAAGCCACUUAGUCAGUCCUCAGAUUCUGAAUAUGCAGCCUGUGACCAAGGUACACUGGCCUCCUAGGUGGGGUAGAUCAGCCACAAGGUGUCAGCAUGACUAGUAGUGUUGCGUCAUUUCUUCUCUUCCUGUUCUCCAAAAAACAAAUUCAAAGACAAGACCCCCCAAGUCAGGGUUGGUAUCAUGUCUUUAUAUAUGAAUUAUGUCUUUAUCUCUUGGCACUAGAAAGCUGUUUUUAAUUCAUGUCAUGGUUCAGAGUUGAGGUAAAUGGAUACUUGUUAAAAUUUUCCAUCAUAGAGCUUUUAAAGAAAAAAGUUUUGGUUUUGCCCCCCCUCUUAACACGCAUCCCAUAGUGUAAAUACUAAUACUCCAGGUAAAAAGGAUACCCUAUAAAAUGUUCACCUGGAGGACUCUAGAAGUAACUGACAGAUCUGUGAGGAAGUGUUCAGCACUGCUCUCCCACGCCCCAAUACCCAUGAAAUGCCUAUGAGAGGAGCUAACUCCUCGGUGAGUUACCCCUUCAGAACUUCUCUUUGAAUCAAACAGAUGAGGUGCAUUUGGAAAUCUGCACAUGUUCAAUGGCAAAACCUGGCUUCAUCCGUUUUCAGGCACCUAGCACUUGGAUGCAGUUUUCGGCUCAGAAGCAAGGAGCCAGGCUGGUUUGGUUUAUUGAGAAAGUUGCCCCACAUAAGCAACUUUUAUCUUUUUUUCUUUUCAGAAACCUUACACAAAAAAGAAUUGUUUUGUUUUUGUUCCUGUGUUUGCUUUGGUCUUGGCCUAUUUAUGCCACACACACACGCACACACACACACACACACACACACUCGGGUCCUUGGGCUUGCGAGAGAGGCAGCAGAACCACUGAACUAAGUCCCCGGUCCUAUGCCAUGUUUAUAUUGACUAGUGACCUGGAGAUUCCUUGAAGGCAGACUAGCCUUGAUUUGUAUAUGCAUUGUACAUUCAGAAGCACCUUUUUUCAGUGGUGCUUGUCUUGACCAAAGAUGUAGCCCCUGCCUUCUUAAAACUCACAUUUAGCCGGGCGUGGUGGUGCAUGCCUGUAAUCCCAUGCACUCGGAAGGCUGAGGCAGGAAGAUC